GCCCCCGGCUGCGAGCGCGGGACCCCGUGCGCGAGGGGAAGGGCCGCCCCCGGCUCCGGGAACCGCGUCGCGCCCUCGGGGAGCCGCUGAGGCCGAGCGCCCGGGGAAGGAGCAUCCCGCGGACGCCUGCGCCCGAGAGUGUAUUUUCUGUGUGUCCUAAUCAAGCAAUGCAAAUGUGCUGCAAUGGUGACAUAAACUACUGACUGAGAAGUAGCUGAAACGCCAUCUUCUUUUAUUUUUUUAUGGUGCUUCUACUGGAACAGUCUGAGGAAAGUGCAUACAAUAUGAGUUUUCUCAUGAAGCUUCACAGACACUUUCAAAGAACAGUUAUUCUGCUUGCCACAUUUUGUAUGGUGAGCAUUAUUAUUUCUGCUUACUACCUGUACAGUGGCCACAAACAGGAAAAUGAACUGUCUGAGAUGGCUUCAGAAGUGGACUGUGGGGACUUCCAAAACCUACCAUAUAGGCUGGUGGAAGUGAGGAUGACGAAGCUUUCUGAUGCCUCAAGGACAGGCCCCACAGUCUUGGUGUUCGUGGAGAGCCAGUACUCAUCGCUUGGUCAAGACAUCAUUAUGACUCUAGAAUCCAGUAGAUUCCAGUAUCACAUUGAAAUUGCUCCUGGUAAAGGAGACCUCCCAGCACUUACAGAAAAAAAUAAAGGCAAAUAUAUUCUCAUUAUUUAUGAGAAUAUUUUAAAGUAUGUAAAUAUGGACUCUUGGAAUCGAAGCCUUUUAGAUAAAUACUGUGUAGAAUAUGGUGUGGGUGUCAUUGGAUUCCACAAAUCUACUGAGAAGAACCUGCAGAGCUUUCAGUUGAAAGGUUUCCCUUUUGCCAUCUAUGGAAACCUUGUGGUAAGAGAUUGUUGUAUUAAUCCUCAUUCUCCAUUACUUCAUGUGACCAAACCUUCUAAGCUUGGAAAAGAUUCUUUGCCUGGAACUGAUUGGACAGUUUUCCAGAUAAAUCACUCAGCUUACCAACCAGUAAUAUUUGCUAAAGUAAAGACCCCUGAAAACCUAUCUCCUCCCAUAUCUAAAGGUGCUUUUUAUGCCACUAUCAUACAUGACCUGGGGCUUCAUGAUGGAAUUCAAAGAGUUCUUUUUGGCAACAACCUUAACUUUUGGUUGCAUAAGCUCAUUUUCAUAGACGCGGUUUCAUUCCUAUCAGGGAAGAGACUCACAUUGUCCUUGGACAGAUACAUCCUUGUGGAUAUUGAUGAUAUUUUUGUGGGAAAGGAGGGAACAAGAAUGAACAUCAAUGAUGUAAAGGCACUACUUGAUACUCAGAAUCUUUUGCGUGCACAAAUCACAAAUUUUACAUUCAACCUGGGAUUUUCAGGGAAAUUUUACCAUACAGGAACUGAGGAGGAAGAUGAAGGGGAUGACCAUCUUUUGGGGUCUGUGGAUGAGUUCUGGUGGUUUCCUCACAUGUGGAGCCACAUGCAGCCCCACCUUUUCCAUAAUGAGUCAUCUUUGGUGGAGCAGAUGAUUCUCAACAAAAAAUUUGCCUUAGAGCAUGGCAUUCCUACCGGCAUGGGCUACGCUGUAGCCCCUCACCACUCGGGCGUCUACCCUGUACAUGUUCAGCUUUAUGAGGCCUGGAAGAAGGUUUGGAAUAUUAGAAUCACCAGCACUGAAGAAUAUCCACAUCUGAAACCAGCUAGAUACAGGAAGGGCUUCAUCCACAAAAACAUCAUGGUUCUUCCAAGACAAACCUGUGGGCUUUUCACCCACACAAUCUUCUACAAAGAAUAUCCAGGAGGUCCUAAAGAGCUGGACAAGAGUAUUCAAGGAGGUGAACUUUUCUUCACUGUAGUCCUCAACCCAAUCAGCAUUUUCAUGACCCAUUUGUCCAACUAUGGGAAUGACCGUCUGGGAUUAUAUACAUUUGUUAACCUGGCCAACUUCAUGCAGAGCUGGACCAAUUUGCGACUUCAGACUCUGCCUCCAAUGCAGCUGGCUUAUAAGUAUUUUGAGCUCUUCCCUGAUCAAAAAGACCCUCUCUGGCAGAAUCCUUGUGAUGACAAACGCCACAGAGACAUUUGGUCUAAAGAAAAAACCUGUGAUCGCUUACCAAAAUUUUUGGUAAUAGGACCCCAGAAAACUGGAACCACUGCUUUGUAUUUGUUCCUGGUUAUGCAUCCUUCCAUCCUUAGUAACUCCCCCAGCCCAAAAACCUUUGAGGAGGUACAGUUCUUUAAUAGAAAUAACUACCACAGGGGGAUUGAUUGGUAUAUGGAUUUCUUCUCAGUCCCAUCUAAUGUCACCACUGACUUUCUGUUUGAGAAGAGUGCCAAUUACUUCCACUCAGAGGAAGCUCCUAGAAGAGUGGCUUCCCUGCUCCCCAAAGCCAAGAUCAUCACCAUUCUUAUUGACCCAUCAGACCGAGCAUAUUCUUGGUACCAGCAUCAACGAUCACAUGGAGACCCCACCGCUCUGAAGUUUAGCUUCUACGAAGUGAUCACAGCGGGGCCCCGUGCACCCUCCGAGCUUAGAGCCUUACAGAAGAAAUGUUUGAUCCCAGGGUGGUAUGCCAGCCACAUUGAAAGAUGGCUUGUUUAUUUCCCUCCAUUUCAGUUGCUAAUUAUCGAUGGGCAACAGCUAAGAACUGAUCCUGCUACAGUGAUGGAUGAAGUACAGAAGUUUCUAGGAGUCUCUUCUCAUUACAAUUACUCAGAAGCUUUAACGUUUGAUUCUCAUAAAGGUUUUUGGUGUCAGUUACUGGAAGAAGGUAAAACAAAAUGCCUUGGAAGGAGCAAAGGAAGAAAAUACUCUCCAAUGGAUCCUGAUAGCAGAGCAUUUCUAUCAAGCUACUAUCGAGAUCACAACGUGGAACUCUCAAAGCUGCUGCACAAACUGGGGCAGCCUCUGCCAUCCUGGCUGAGACAGGAGCUGCAGAAGGUGAGAUAGCACAGAGAAAGGACUUCUUGAGUAUCCAUCUUCCAUGUAACACUCUCCUUUCCCAAAACUUCUGGAAGCUACCAAAAGGCUGUUUAAAAAUAUACCUCUUCAAAUGAGAAAAGAGAAUAGAGUUCCUUCCAUGUGCUGGCAUGUGGAUGAUGAGGAAAAAAAUGAAAAAAGAAAAAUAUCUGUUACUAGUCUUGAGGUCUAUGGCCUUUCUCUUACCCACAUCGGAGCCUGUGGGAUUGUAGACUACUGUGCACUCAUGUGGAAGUCAAUUGCAACCAAUAUAAAUAUCAAACACAAUGCAGAACUGUUCCAUUUCAUAGUAAUAUUUACACUUUUAUAUAUAUAUCAACUAAGAUUGUGUCUCUGUAGAUUUUUAGACCACUGUUUGCCUGUACAAUGUUUUCUUAUUUAUUCUACAAAGUGUCCUACGAAACAGGAAGCAAAAUAAACAUCACAAUGUAGUAUAAACUGUCAAAGGCAUAGCACCCAUUAAAAAUGCUUGCCAAAAUAUAAAUCCACAGAAGUAUUUAGAAAGAAUUAUAAAUUAUAAUUUGUGCUAGAUCAGAGUGGAAAAGUUACAUAUGAGCUUUCUCCGCAUCAAAUACAAUUAAGUGCUAUAGCAAGAAAAAGUGACUUUCCAUAACAUAGUUCAGUGCAUUUAUGUAAAAGUUACUAAUUCUUCUGUAAUCAUUAUGUAAUCGUUAUACUGAAAGAUAUGUUGUAAAGCCAUUUGAUGGUAAAUAGAAAGGCACUGAGUAUUGAAAUACAGUUAACAAUAAUGUAAAGUAUACAGACUAAAUCCUGUAAAGGGGAGAAUUGUAGGGUGUGAAGGUACAUCAUUGAAAACUUACAUCCCCUUUCUGUGAGCUACAUAUCUACUCUUGUCUUCCUCACGGGUUUUACAGACACACUUGCAUAGAAUCUGAGGUAAGUGUCAUGUUCAGUAACAGAUUGACUUUUAAAUGUAACAACUUUUUUUUUACGUUCCCCAGAACAAAAUCUAUUAAAUAAAAACUAAGGACAGUUUCUCUAGAUGAUAUGUUAGGUUAUUUACUUUUAAAUUAUAGAAAGCUAUGAGAUAGUUCAAAAUGGAAUUGUGUAAUGUAGAGAUUUACAACAAAAACAAAUUAAUAUAUGAUUCUGAAUCUGACAUUUGCAAUGAUAUUUUUAAUACAAGGCAGAAAAAAAUAAGCAGGGCCAAGUUCCAUUUUUCUUAGAGUAUUUCAUACAUCAGUCUCAUGGAAGACAGCAGAACAUAGUUACAUUUAUGGCUUAUCUACUAAUUAAAUAAAGGAAGUACAAAGAUGAGCCAGGGAUGGUUCUCAAAAUAUAUUUACAGUUAUAUUUUUAACUGAUUAUAUGAUUAGUAAAGUAUUAAAAAAAAUGAAUGCUAUACUUAUUUCCUGUGCUUAUAUUUACUUAAUUUUUAAAUGUCCUGUAGACAUAAAACUUUAAGUAGUAAAUAAAUUCCCUGCUAUGAUUACAUAAGUAAGCCUUUAUAAAGUGUUUUCAAAAGUGUGAUUAGAUAAAAAAAGAUAUACAAGAAAAAUCUAUAGCCCAAAUAUUUUCAUUGUCACUAUAAUGUGUGUAAACUAACUCUGUCAUUCAGUAACUAGAAAACAAAUUUUGAGAUCUGUCCAUUUACUAUAAAGUUUUAAAAUGACAUUAUAGUUAUAAUUUUUUUAAGUUUUAUAUACCCAAAUGAUAUACUAAUUUUUAAACCAGCUAUUAGCAGAAAGAAUUGGAGAAAAAACAGUCCCUUGGACAACAUGGCAAAUUCAGUCUCCAUGUUUACUGCUGCCUGUUUUGAAACAGCACAUGUACAACACGCUAGGAAAAUGAAGAUAGUCUUUCCACUAAUUUAAGAAAACUGGCAUAUAGGGUCAAACGUAGUGAGAAUGGACCCUAGUAGCUACAUGCAGUAUCAUGUUUCAUUUUGACAACAUUUCUGAUUUUUAAAAAAACACAAAGAAAAACUGAUACACUUAUGUUUUAAUGAUGAGAUGUAUAUUUAAAAUUCUAAACAAUGCUGUUAAUGGCAUAAUUUUGUCUAGGUAAACUGAGUCAGCUGAACAACUCAGACGUUAAGAUUACGUUAAAAACAUACUGCAUCUUUGUCUAAUGAAAGGAUAUAAUACCAAAAUUUACUCAUUCACAGUACAGCUAUUAUGCCAGCUAUAGCAGCAAACCUUUGAAAGGAUUUUGACCACUCAGUGUACCUUGGAGACAACAUCAAAUUCUAGAGGACAUGAAUGCUUUUUAUAUUUACACUCCAGCAGGUUAUUAUGCUAUUCUGAAAGUAACAUAAAUACACAUGAGAAAAGAGUGAGUGAGAAUGUGAUUAAAACUAGCUUUGUAUAGAAUUCCUUUUUCAUUACUUAAAAUAUGAAACUUCCUCAGGAAGAAAUGAAAUGGUUAUUUCAAUGUUUAUAAGCUAUAAUAUUCUUGUCAUUCACAUUGAAUGAAAAUUACUGGAAACAUUUUUUUCUCUGAGUUUUUUAAAAAUAAAAAACCUGGAUAUAAUUCUGAUAGUAGCAUGGUACCUCAAAUGAACAACAAUAAACUGUGAUAAGAAAAUCAAGAGUUUGGGCCUUGUGGUUUUAGGUAAUAAGUAGGUAUCUGGUUGUUUGUGUUUGUCUGAGAACAGAGUGGGAGGUGGUUAUAGAACAUAGAUACCACUAAUAUAAUUCAAAAUGGAGACAUGUAUGAAAACUUCCAAGUUCUCCAAUCUGGAAUACAUUUGAUGCCCAAUUUUCUAUCUAAAUAUGUUAUUCUUACUCUAUCUCCUCCAGGACCAGCUGAUGACUAGUUAAUAAACCAACCCCAUCAAUGUUAGUGGCUUCUAAUUACUUACAUUAUUAUGCUUCCCAGAGAUAUCAGCACUGCAAUUUCUAGAAGAAAUGGCCAGCACUGUUCAGAUUAUUUUAGUAAGAAUUCAAAUUAUGCUCUAUAGCUGAGUUCUAUUCUGCCAAAGCUGACUCUGCUUGGUCACCACCUAGAAUACAGUUGCGGCCUUCUUCCUGCCCACCCUGUCACAUGCACAUGCACACACCCAUCCCCAAACAGUUGGCAGUCAUGCAAAGAGCAAAUAAUCCUCAAAAUGAAAUUAUUUGUGUUGACUUGAAAUAUUUACCUCCUAGAGUAGACUAAAUUUCAUAAGUUUAAGCAUGAGUUUUACCUUUGAGACUGAAAGCUAAAGACACAGUGUGACACUGAUUCCAUUGCCAAGAAAAUCUAGAAUCUACUUUGAAUAAACCUCUCACCUGUGGCGAAGGGUACUUAACAGAAUUUCAGGGACACUUGCCCCAUCCAGUGCUACUGCUAGUUCUUGCCAUUUAUCACCCUCAGUGUGUUGUUUAUGAGUUCUCUAGAUAGUCAGUGCUCUUAACAAAUGUCACAAAGAAUUUAUUCAUUUAUUAAUAUAAUGAAAUGUAUUUUUUAACUUUCUCCUGCACCUUCUUUCAUUAAUCUUACAACUGUCUUAAUCUUUGAGUUUCCAUCAUUUCUCAGUCUAUUCCCAAAAGUUAUAAAUGCAAAGAUUAAUAAAUGACUAAAAUUGGA